AUGUCGGACCCAAAUGAGGGAAAAAACACACAAUCAUUCACACACUUUCGACCAUCACAGAAAUUGUACAGAACAAGGGGACCGCUAACCUACGAUUUUCCACAUCCAGGAGGUCGACAAAACACCACUUGGACACAUACUCCCAAUCUCACAGAGAGGAGUUACAGAAGGCUUGAUAAUAAGCAACUAGCUCUCGCCCAUGACCGCCCUCGCCUUCGACUUGAAGGUGACGCAGUUACUCCCCUCCCACAACCCAAGGACUACCUCUUGCCCUGGCAGAGAGAGCUGUUGGAGAGUCGUGUUCCUUACCAUCACCGACCAGAUCCCAUUCCUCGAGCCAAUCUGUUCUACCACUCCACGCUUCCAGAUGCUCAAGUUGAACUCUACGAUGAUUUCUCAACCUUCAUCCUCUUCGAUCAACUUCCCAAGGAAAUACGCAUUAAGAUCUGGAAAGCCGCUCUGCAAAUCCAGCAACGUCGAAAUGUCGUAGUAGAAAGAUUGGGAACUAUGUGGGCAUUUGACAUCAAGCAGCCUUUCUACUCGCCUGAGAUGUUGGACAUGCUCGGAAAUCCGAUAAACAGAUUCUUUUCAAAGUCAAAAACUCCAGCCGUAUUGCAAGCUAACUCAGAAAGCCGAGAAAUAUCCUUGCAUACUUACAUCCAACUAUUUCCAAACCGAUCUCUCUGUGCAAACCCUGUUUAUUUUAACCCCGAUUUCGAUUGCAUAACCAUUCGUUACAUGGAUUGCCUCGAUGGUGGCUGGUUCCUACGAUCAAUCUCUAAAGAACAGGCCAAGAUAUUCAACAAGAUUAAGAGUCUAGCAUUGUCCAGACGUGGAUCGAGGUUUCCGGCACAGGUGCAUAAUAGGGGGCUUAGUUGGAAGACUGCUCCACUUGGAUUCAUGCUCAAGUGGUUCCGAAGUCUGGACUCGUUAACUUUGUUCACUGAAUCUUUUCAGCAAGAAAAUGCACAUUUUACUGAGGGGUGUUUUGGGCGCCUAUUGCGACUACGCAGAGAUGCAGAGAGAGAUGCUGCUGAUAAGUUAUGCUUUGACAACAUAUUACUGUGGAUGAGGGAAAUGAAGUUGGAAGACCCUACCUUCAAGAUUCCAAAACUCAAUCGUCAGGAACUUCGCCAUAUCCCCAAAUCGCAACAUCAGAAUCCCUACAAUUACGAAGAUGGCGGGUGUGCCAAGGUUGACAGGGACGAUGUAAUCAAAUGUAUGGUAGUUGAAGAAGAUAAUCUGCGGCAUUGA